AGAAGAAGAAGAAGAGAAGAGAAGAAGAAGAGGAAGAGGAAGAGGAAGAGGAGGAGGAGGAGGAGAUUAAAUUGGCCGGGGCGUCUGGUCGUUUCGAAAACCAACAGCAACAGACCAACAACGCCCAACAAGAAAGCAGAAAAAACAAAACGAACAAAAAGAAAAACCAACGACAACAACAAAAAACGAAAACAAAACAAUCAACAGACAAAACAAGACAGAAACACAACAACAGACCCCAAACAACAAGCGACGACAGACAAAAAGCAGAAGAAGAAAAGCAAAAACAGACAACAAAAACAACAAGCAGACAAAAAAAACAACGAAGACACAAGAAAACAGAAGACCAAGCAACGACAGACCAAGCAGCCGACAGCCCCACAAGCCCCAGACAGACGAAACAGCAAAAGAAAAAAACAACAGCAGACACAACCCCAAAGACAGCCCAAAGGACAAAGUCAACAACGAAAACCCCAAGCAGGAGCCAGAGCAAAACCAGACGACACAAGAAACAGAAGAAAAAAGAAACCAGACAGCCCCAAGCAGACAGAAAACAAGCAACAGAAGACACAACGCAGACGACACAAGAAAGCCAAAAGCACAGCAGCCAGAAAACAAGCCCAACGACAAAGAAAACAGACAGACAAACGCAGAAGAAAAAAGCAGAAGACGACCACAGACAACGACACAAGAAAGGGCAGAAAAAACAAGAACAGCAGAACACAAAGCGACAACAGACAAAGCAGACAACAGACCAAGCACCAGACAACCAAGAACAGAAACACAACAACAAUAAUACAAAAAAAGCAACAGGAGCCAACAGAAAAAGAAAAAAAAGGACAAAAAGCAGACAACAGACACAAGCCCAGAUAG